AUGGCCCUGCUGAUGUCAAGUUGACGAUAUCAGCUGGACAAGUACUGAUAAUCAAGUUGUGGUAAAGAAAGGAAGGUAUUCUAUACUACAUCGUAAAUUUUACUUUUGUCGGCCAUGUCAAGUUCUGAUAUUGUUACAUGUGAGCUCUUCAGCAAUGGUCUCGUGUGUGAGUUGUUAGCCGGUCAUGACCAGAACGUUCAGAAAGUCAUGAAAAUAGCAGACGACACUGUGGCCUUGUCCAACAUAUCGCUACUCAGUACUCUGUAUGGAGAUCUAUCAUGGAAGACACUUUGGAAAAUGUUGUAUCUCGCCCAGUCACAGGAUGUCACUGUGGAUCGAUGCACCAUGCUAAGCCUCUUGACUGACUAUUUGGUAAACAACAGUACCUUCCUCACAACUAAUGAUGUCCAUGAUCCAAAAAGACUUCUGACUCAUCUUGCCAACAGUUGGAUUACUACCAUCGAACACGGAAAACAGGAUUUAUCAGAGAACAGCUUCACAACAUUGGUCAAGAUCCUUGAUAGAUGCGUGGGGACACUGAUGUCAUUUAACUGGCAUCAUGAACUGGCAUCAUGUCUGAAUCUGGCUCAGGCAUUAAAGCCCCUAAACAGGAGAGAGCUCUCCAUUGACAGCUACCCGUGCAGCCCUUUGCCGUUUCCACCUUUUGGUCGUAUAAGCCCUGACAAGCUGAGGAGAAUAUUUGAGGCUGGCAGUGAAGUAUUAUGUCUGUCAAAAGAUGUAUUUGAACUGUGGAGGCAAAGAGAAUCGAAACCUGCCAAUGGUAUGCUUAUGUUCCACAAGUUUAGCCAAAGUGAUCAAAGAUUCAAUUGCUCUCAGGCUCAUCACCAAUUUGAACAAGAUACAGGACUGAACACCAGUAACAGUCAAAGAAAACAUGUUGGGAACGGGAAAGGGUUAAUAUCUUGUGAAUCUAAGUCUGAAGACCAGAAAGGGACAUCUUUUAGUGGCAAGGCUGCCACAGUCAUCACUCAUUCUAUGUCUAGGAAGGAACCUCGCAUGAGAACGUUGGACACAUACUUCAAACAGAAUUCUCUUCAGUCACAAAGCUCUGGAUCAAGAACACAUCCUUCUUCUCUUUCCCUAUCAUUGACUCUCUCCCAGUCAGACAUCUCCCAGGUGAAUCCAUGUGGCAGCAAAGAACCAACCACAGAUAUGUCCGAUACUGCCUCUACAAGCAUGGGCCAAACAUCAGCACCAAAGUCCACCAAGCUGCCUCUCCAAAUAGAUCUGAUGAACUUCAUCUCCAACAAGCAUGGUCCACACAAGGGACAUGUGAAGAUAAGCUCUAAUAAGACCAAUGACAUUUCAUAUCCUUUGAGGGGGCAAGUGACAUGCUAUGCUGAGAAUGCCAAAGACACAGAAACUAUGCUGGAGAAAAGAUGUCCUGCUCUUUGAGGGUACAGAGAGAUGUAUUGUCAACAGGCCUAUUGUAAUCUCAGAGCAGAAUCAUUCCAGACUGAUCAUUGGACCUCCUUUGUCUCCUCUGACCUCAGAGCAAAAUAAAAAUAAUAAUGUGCAUAUUUAUAAUGCACCAAAUCCACACCCUAAAGUGUGCUCAAAGUGCUACAUUCCAAACACUUCCCUGAUGACCUCCUUCACCUCCAUUAACCUCGGCGCCAUUUCUUCUAGACGACCUCCUUUGCCACCACUCAAAUGAUAUUUGAUGAACAGAAACACAGGUUUCCACAUCUGAGAAGUGAGCUCAGCAUGCUCUAUUCUGAUGGUACAGAUUAAACUGAGAUCAAACAGGAAGAUGAAGCAGUGACCCUAAGUGAAUAUCCAAUAUUAUCAAUGUGUAUUGUUUUUCUGUUUCUCUUAACUCAUUUCAUGACACCAUAUCUAUCAUUUCACCAUAUUUACUGAAGUUGUGAAUUUAUCUGUUCAUUAGACACUGAAUAUGACAUGCUGAAGCAGUUUUUCUAUUUAUUUACAUUUUGUUGCAAGUUGUUGAAAAGAUUCCACUCAGAUUCAUUGUUUUCAUAAAGUUAAGAAUUAUGUUUAACAGUUAUGUGUCUUUCAUGUUCACAGUAAUUAAUUUGUUAAUUUGUUUAUACUAUUCAGUCCAAUCAAGUCAGACAUUUUUAAGUUAAACAUCAUAUAUCUUAUGCAAAUGUAACCUGAAAUGUUAAUACCUUUCAUAGAUAAAAAAAAAUGCUUUCAGGGGCCAAGACAAGAUGGCAAAUUUGUUAGGCCAUUAAUGAAAGUUGUACAAUGUCAUAAACAUGAUUAA